AACAUGUUAAUUUCUCACCAGUGUGUUGCGUCAUCCCUCCUAAUACUACACCCUUAUGUGAGCGUCUGAGUUGUCCGAUUUAGCUUUUGGGUGUUUACCGCGAUGGCUUAACUCCGAUCGAGACCUAGACCAUACUCAGUUUACCCACUGUGACAGUUUUACCGAAGCUGCAUCACCAGAGCCUUGUCAAGACAUCAGCGCCUGCCAGCCUCACUCUUUGGCCCACACACCUGGUGCUGUCAUUAUGCCGGAGGGUCCAUCCUUGGAUAUGGUGGGUGAGGGCAGCAAUGGGCAGCCAACCCUGCACCGCUGUGACAACCCGUGGAAGCCCAAUGGCCAGCAUGGCCAGUCUGAGGUGUAUCGAAGGAUGCUAGGCAUUCUGAAUCGAGUGACUCAGCAAUCCCUGGGCAUCUUUCUUGAGCAGGCCCGUGAAUUACCUCUUUCGGAUCCCACGCACCUGCCUGACAUUCUCAGUCUCCUUCUAGAAAAGUCCCAAGAUGAACCCAUGUUUGCACCAAUCUAUGCUCGCCUGUGCCGUGACCUGGCAGCAAGCACCGGAAUACAACGGAAUCUCAUAGCUGCCUGCAAGGACCACUUCAUGGAGAACUAUCAACAGCUUCUUCAUUAUAAUCACAUUUUUGAGGGCCCGAUAUCAUCUCAGAUCAUACAUGAAGAAAUUUUGGCAAGGAAGAGAUUCGUUGGUCAUCUGAAGUUUAUAAGUGAGCUACACAAGGUUGGUGUUGUGCCGGGCGACCAAGUGGCAGCCAUGGCUGAAACUUUCCUGGAACAUGGUGACGACCGCUCCUUUGAAGGCCUAUGUCGUGUGCUCUCCUUCUCGGGACUCAGCCUCAGUCGUUCCCAUGAGGAGUUGGUGAACAGGUGCUGCAGUUAUCUUGAAGCAUGCCUGGCAGGCGGCAACCUAAACCCUCGACUGCGUUUUCUUGCCCAGGAUAUUCUUCAUCUUCGCAACAAUGGAUGGAGACUUCAGGAAGGAAAUAGAAUUCUUCCACCACCAGGUAGAAAUGUACGAGGAUAGUUUUUCUUGCAUAUUAAAGGUUUAUAGCUGUUACCUCUAAUUGUGUUUAAUCCUAAAAUGUAAGAUAUUCAUCAUCAUGCUUAGUGUGUCAGUCACCUUUCAUAUGUGUAUAAUAACAGAAUAACUACAGCAUUUGAUUGAAUAUUUGCUAUGGUUAUGUUACUCAUUACAUUUUCACACAAACCAUGGUUGAUAUUUCUUACUCAGUGAUAUAGAAGACAUUAUGGUUUUGAUACUGUAAAAUUGUUUGUUGAAUGUCACAACAAAUACUGCAUCCUUUUAUAGUGUAGUUAGAAGUGUGCUCAUAAAGAAAAAUUGAGAAGAUCUUAUUCAUGGCAAAUUAUAAAGAAGCACACAUAUUCAUACCAGAUAAACAAUGCUUUAAUUAACAUAGUAUUUAAACUUCUAUUUUUUCUACUUUCGAUCUCUUAAUGAUCCAGAGCUAACCAUAUGGAAAACUUUUUUUUGUUAUUUAUUUAUUUUAUCAUUGAUCAGACAUCAUUCUUAGCAGUUGUAUAUGUGUUAUCAUGAUAGAGUUUUGCAAGCUGAUGACUGGACCCCUUUCUUAGCUUCUAGUGUCCCAACAACCUGCCUCUCUGUGAACUAAAACUUACCCACAUAAGUAACAAGAAGUAGGUACAUAUGUUACAUACAUUUACCUCUUUCAUCACAUCAGUCUUAAUAUAUAUAUACUAUAUAUUUGUAAUAAAUGUUUCCUGUAGCACUAAUAGGAAUACCAUGCUAUCCAAUUUGGUCUUUUAACAUCAGCCCUUACUGUAGAAGCUGUAGAUGACUGACAGCUGUCAAGUGUGUAUGUGUACUAUAGAAUCUUUGUUGAAAGUACAACUAAAAACUGCAUUCAUGAAAUUUCUAGA